AUGGCGGAUCCCUUGUUGCUUCGUGCUUUGAAAGGACAGCCAAAAAAUCUAAGCCUGACAAACAAGGAGUUAGACACUGUUCCGAGAGUAAUCGGAAAGCUGCAGUGUUUGUCAGGUUUAAAUUUGAAGAAUAACAAAAUCACAAGUUUGCCAAAAGAGCUGGGAUUCCUUAAAAACCUAACAGUACUUAAUCUUGGAAACAAUGCAUUAGAUGAUUUACCUGAGCCACUAGGUGCACUUCAGAGUUUAGAAACAUUACACAUUUUUCAUAAUAAUAUACAGACAUUGAAUACUAAAGUUCUUGGUGGUCUUAGGAAUUUAAUAUUAUUGAAUUUGAACAACAAUAAACUGAGGAGCCUUCCUGCUGGUAUCAACAAAUUAGCUAAGCUGCAAUAUCUCAGUGUGGACGGAAAUAUGUUAAUGAGUUUACCAUCAGAGUUGUGCGCUCUCAGCAACCUGCAGGAAUUACAUGCAGCAAAUAACCUACUAGUUGCACUGCCUCUGGAAAUGGGCUUUCUCAUCCACCUGCAGAAACUGUUCCUUCAGAAAAACAGGAUAAAAGAGCUUCCUGAAGGUCUUGGUAAAUUAUACAGGUUACAAGUCAUAGAUAUCGCAGCCAAUGAUCUCAGGAUAUUUCCAACAGAGUUAAAUAAACUACCUCUAAGAGAAUUGUAUUGUGAAGAAAAUCCAUUAUUACAACAGUUACCAGUACAUUCCAUCCAAGAAGAGGAAGUCCUUUCAUUGAAGGAGAUAGUUGCCAGGUACAUACUGAGAGAAUUGAAAGACAGGUGGUCAUACCUCAGGAAAGCAAUAAGACACUACCCUAAUGUUCGUGAUAUGCUGGGCCAGGCAAGUAAAUGUGCAUUGUGUGGUGAAGCAUUCCUUAAUACGUGGUUGGAGUGUGUCAAGUUUGUGGAUGCUCACAAGGAAUUGAAGACAAACAAUUCAACAGGUGUGGUUCCAGUCAGAGCUUUACUAUGUUCAUAUAAAUGUUUCAACAGUCCUGGGCAUGACUUCUAUGGAGUAGCAUUCCCGUGACCAUUGCUUACAUUGAGGAAAACAUCAGUAUAGUUGUGAAGACUAUGUACACUGUCAGCAUUAUAUACAGAGAACUAACAUAUUACGCAAUCCAUCCUUACGUUAUCUACAACAUGUGCAAAUUAUAAAUACAAGAUUACAGCUUCUAUAAUUAUUGCUUAUUUGUUCCUGCAAUUACCUUGACAGUGUUACCGUAGUUUGGGCAUUAGAUUAGAAUUACAGCUUAA